AUGGGAAAUACAUCGAGUGAGAGCCUUUCACAAGCACCUUGCCAGGAUUUGGUGCCAAGCCAAAUGUCGGGUAUCUCGUAUCGGGAAGCCUUAAUUGAUCAUUUUCAGAACCUUAUGCAACGAUUGGAAUACUCGAAUAUGGAUCUGUUGGCCUUUCUUAAAUUGGUCCAUCAGACAAGGGAUUUGUAUUCGACCAUGUAUGAAUCGUAUGAUCAGAAAAAUGUUAAGGCUAUAAAAUCAUCACACAACAUGGAGAACGAUGAGUUUGGAGUUUUCGGAAAGGUCAUUCAUGGAAUGAGAGACACUUCUUCCCAAUUAAAAUCCUCAUGUACCGAUUUGGCCACUCUUUCCAACGAUAUCAAAUCAUUGAGUCAUGAAUUCCAUGCAUAUUUGAAAAGGGCAAGAAAGGAGGAGAAGAAACUCUCAGACGAAGUCAGCACCUUGAAAAAGAAUUACGAAAAAGCUUUGAAAAAGGAGCAAACUCAAAAAUCUGCAAAACAAGAAUUAGAAAACAUGUUGACAAUGAAUGAAAAGCCUCUCUCCAAUCAAGAGAAAGACAAGAUUGAAAGAAAAUUAAAAGACCUUGAACCUACUUUGGACAAGUUGGAAUCUGAGAAUCGAUUAUUGCUUCUCAAAUUUCAAGAAAAAGAGGAGGUCUACAAGAGUGGUCUUGGAAAUAUCUUGUCUCAUUUGGAGUACAUUGACAGGAAGCGUUAUUCCACCUUGAAAGAGUUGACUAGAAGAUUUCUAGAGAUUAUCAAGACCAUUGGAUCUUGCCUGUCAGAAAAUGCCAUUCAAGUCAGUACUUCCAUUCAACAUUUGGAGGAUGAAAAGGUCUUUGCAAACUUUGUCACCUCAUGUAGAAAUGAAGUAUUCAUACCUGCUGCAGCAGUCAAGACGAGCUCAGAGCAAUCAACCACGGACAACGAUCAAAUGAGGAAUCUCGAUGUUGAGGAUUCCAAAGUUCAUGAAACACAAGAAUAA